AUGCAUUCUGUCAAGCUUUUCUCGGCCGUCUUGGCUGUUGCUGGCGUCGCUUCCGCUGCCACUACCUGCUCUAAGGACAUCAAGGUUACCCAGCCCACACCCGUCAUCGACUGCGAUGUUGUCGACGCAGAUAUCAUUGUCGACUCGAGCGUCUCGGGCAGCUUGAGCAUCGAGGGUCCUAAACAAAUCAAGGGUGACUUGAUUAUCAACAACGCCACGCAACUUGUUGGCAUUACUUCGUCGUCCAUCAACGCUAUUGGGGGCACUCUUCGCUUGCAAGGUCUUCAGCUUCUUAGCUCUUGCAACCUGCAAUCAUUGAAGUCUGUCGAGAAUCUGGAGUUGAUUAAUCUCGCCCAGCUCAGCGGGUUGACACUUGGUACCACUGGUGUCACCAAGGCUUCAUCCAUCAAGAUUCAGGACACCUUCAUCAGCGAUCUUAGCGGCCUUAACGUCGCUUCCGCCGACAAUAUCACCAUUGCCAAUAACGGCCGCCUUAACUCGUUCGAGUCAAAGAUCGAGAACAUUACCUACACACUAUCUGUUGUGGACAACGCUGGUAGCAUGAAAAUUGUCAUGUCGCAGCUUCAAUCCGCAGGCAUACUCGACUUCCGAUCCAUCAAGAGCUUUGAUGCUCCUCUCUUGGAGACUGCCAACCGUCUUAGCUUCCAGGAGAGCCCAGAUCUGCUAUCCGUUUCUGCCAACAACUUGACUCAAAUCAAGGACUCUCUUACGCUGGACAACAACAAGAAGCUUGCUAACAUUUCCUUCACUUCUCUGGAGAAGAUCAACGGUGACAUGACCAUCCGCAACAACACUGCUCUCUUGAAAAUCAAUCAGUUUCCCAAGCUGAAGACGAUUGGAGGUGCUAUACUUUGCGCUGGUAGCUUUGACACUGUCGAGAUGCCUGAGCUUAACGACAUCAAGGGCGCCGUGACCGUGACUUCCACCACCGAUAUCUCCGACUUCUGCGGUUUCUUCGAUGAUCUGGCGAAGAAGAAGGCUAUCCAGGGCAAGGAGUCUUGCACCUCCAACAACGCAAAGGCUAAUGAGGGCGGCAAGGGUGGCACUUCUGGCGGUAACAAGACCGAUUCUGCCGCCAUGAGCCUUGGUGUCAACCACGCCUUGUUGGGCUUUGCCGCUGUUGCUGGUUUUGCGCAAUUGAUCUAA